AUGUCGGCUCGAUUACGCAACAAUGCCGCUGCGGCUCCCUCUUCAGGACCAUCCCAACCUGUCACCGCCGUCGAGGUGACAACGCCCGAGCAAGGCGCACGGAAACAGCCCCCUCCUGAGAAGCCUGGUGAUGUCAGGAGGCGCUCCCUCGUGAUCCUCGCCUUCUGGCUCAUUGUCCUGCUCCUCGGCCUGCCAAUAUGGUGGCACACAACGACCAUAUACAGGGCAGACUUGCCCCUCGACGAGAUGCUCGAAUGGGCCGACGGCAAGGCGUGUCGACCAGUGUUUCCUCUGCGCAUCGCGAUACAGGCCAGCUCCCUACAAGACUCCGAGGCCCAACACUUGCUGCGGCUCACGCAGCACGCUCUCGACGACCUCAAUGACUUCUCUGGCCACCACCUGCGCCUUGAACUUGCACCCCAAGCCGUCUCCACCGAGCCUCUACAGACCGACAGUGUCGCCCUGACAAUUCGUCUGGCGGCAGGCGAUGCCACGACCGCGUCUCUGCACCCGAACCUACCUGUCCUCGAUGUGACCUAUCCCCCGAAUGCUGUCCCCUCGCCGACGUCCUCCUCGUCCACCCUCGCUACCUUCAUCGCGACACAGCUCCGAUCUACUUUCGCUGAGGAGCAGGCCGUCAUCUCCUACUUGCUGUCUGCCAACGCCAUGAACCCUGACCAGCGUUCUCCGGCACUCGCACCCGAGGUCGCCGAGGCCCUGGCCAAGCGGACAACGCGGUCUCUUCGCUAUUCUCCCACCUACCACCUGACCUUUUCCCUGUUCACAAGUGGUCCUGCGCCCAGUAGCUGGGAGAUUGAGAGUGCCAUCAACGAGUAUAUGAAGCCUGUCUUGGAUGUACUGUCGCCCAUCCACAACUUUACUAUCGACACCCAGGUCCAGCUCUACGCCUCGCCUGGCGUGCAAUCUGAAGUUCUGAGCAAGGAGGACCUUUCCGCCUUCAUCAACGCCGCCGAGUGGCCCCUCUCGCCCUCCAUCGGCGGCGCCCCGACCGUCAACUUUGUCGUCUUCGUCGGCAACCAGACCAUCGGCCUGCCGCCCCAGCAGGGCUCCGACCUGACCUCAGACACGGUCUCCGAGACAUCCCAAUCCUGGCUGAUCCCGCAGUGGGGCACCGUCUACCUGCUCCCCUUGUCCACCGACCAAGCCCACGUUUCGCUCCAGACCCUCAAGCAACCCCUGCUCACCUUCACCUCUCACCUCCUGUCGCUCCUCGGCACCCCCCAGUCGGGCAGCCUGCCCCUGCGCCUCUCGACCCUCUCGCGCAUCCGGUCCGCCGACCUCCUGCUCCGCGCCUCCUCGACCCUCGGCAGCCUGGCCCGCCUCGCGCUCGCCCUGCCCUCCAUCUCGAUCCCUCGCAGCGUCGCCGAGGGCGUGGCCUCGACGAUGCGCCACCUGCGCCUCGCCUGCGACUCCCUCGGCGGGCCCGCGGGUCUCGCCCACGCCCGCAUCGCCGAGGCCGAGGCCGAGAAGGCCUUCUUCGAGAAGGGCAUGGUCGCCCAGCUGUACUUCCCCGACGAGCACAAGGUCGCCGUCUACCUGCCGCUGCUGGGCCCCGUCGGCGUGCCGCUGGUCAUGGGCCUGCUGAACGAGUUCAAGGCGUGGAGGAGGAGGAGGAGGGAGGCGGCGGCGAAGGCUAAGAAGGAUGGGGGGAAGGACCAGUGA